CCUGGCUAUAAAUUGUUCGUCCCUCUUUGUCGAUUAUUACACGAAUUUAGCACUCCACGCGCACGAUGUGCUAUUAGCUGUUAGUUUCCCAAACGUUGCUCUCCAGGGCUUUCCAGUAUUCGCAGAUAAGCUUUCAGUCAAUCCAAGUCUCUGGUCCAUCAUCCUUGCGUCUCGACUCACGAUUAUCCUUAUGCUGCAGCCCGUAUCUCCAACGUGAUUGCCCAUGUCAAUCGCACCGAUCAAGACCAGCACAGUCAUGCCUGUUGCUGGGAAACCCUCCACAUCGAACAAAGAUACCACCUGAUAACACUGAGCGCAGACGACCAGCACGACGACACUUACGAUCGCCUCAGGCUUUCUUUGACAGUACCGGAGCUAUAAACCUCGUCACCGACGGUUCUCCAGGACUACAUACAACCAUGCGAUCCGCUCUCCAGGCUGCUGCUCAGCUUCGCUCAGCGCGAGGCAACAACCCAACAAUUCAAUCCGUACCUCCAGCCGAGACCUCCCACGAAUACGUACCGGAACUCGCUGCGGCCGCGGCGUCUAUCCUAUACCGUUCACCAAUACCUUCUCGAGGACGAUCGAUAUACAUUCUCAACGCCGCGGCGUUUCCUGAUGCCAAUGAGGUCGAUUACGAUAGCCUAUUAUCUUACGUGCUAGCACGUCUCCCAGACGAGAACGAAUUGAUCGCAGGCGCCGAGUACGAGAUCGUCUUCUUUGCUGGAGGACAGACUGAUAGUGCCACUUCGGAGAAAAAGCAAGGAGCCAACACGGGCUGGUAUCUGCAGGCAUACCACGUACUGAGUCGAGCCACGAGAAAGAAGCUGCAAAGAUUAUACAUCGUUCAUCCGCGAACAUGGGUCAGAGUACUCAUCAGCAUAUUUGGGACAAUCGUUUCACCCAAAUUUCGAAGGAAAAUCGUUCACGUCAAUUCGUUGACUGCUUUGGCACAGCACUUGCCAAUUGAGAACCUCCUUAUACCGCCAUCUGCGUACCUUCAAGAUCGCAAGGUUUCACCAGAUAUCCACGUACCCGAGGCUACGGGCACUCGAGCAUUUGCCAGUCGGCGUCCACUUCCUAAGAGCUUGACCACAGGUCAGACGCGGCUACCACGUGUAUUGCGGGAAACAACUACAUUCAUUCUUCUACCCCAUAACAUCCGCGAGGAGGGACUAUUUCGGAUCCCACCCCACACCACUCUCAUUGGCGUUCUCAAGGAGGCAUAUGAUCGGGGCCAAAAAUUCAUCGUGUGGAAGGAGAAAGGCGCUGUCUUUGCGCCGCCAGGCAUUGAUCUAUCUUUGAUCAACGAAAUUCGGCUUGAGGAUACUUACGGAGUACAUCUAGCAGCUUCGCUAACCAAAGCGUGGUACCGAGAUCUGCGAGAGCCCAUCUUCAUGGAAUCCAGCUACAGCUUUGUACGCGAGAAAUUUCAAGAUACACAUAAAGCCGUCACUCUCGAAGACUUGACGGAUCUUUUGCUGCCUUCAUCGGAACUUUCACCGCUUUCUGCCACAGCACGAGAGAUUCUAUCACGUCAUCUGCUACCAAUGCUCUCUAAAGUUGCUUCACACGAAUCGAACAAUAAAAUGAAUGCUGAAAAUUUGGCAAUUUGCUUCAGCAUGUGUCUCGUUUGCGGAUCGAAUCAGCUAGAGGAUGGCAAAAUGUCCAUGAUCAUCAAACGAAUUGUCCAAGCGGCGAUUGAGAACUGGGCGGCACUGCAAAAGGCGAUGGACACCAGCGCCGAUUCAUUCAAUUCAGAUAUUGCUGGUCCGAAAGAUCAUCGAGAUUAUGAGGAUCCUCUCGAAGCGGAAUGGCCUGCUAAAGCAUCUUAUGAGGACGAUGCCCAGAGUCAAUCGAGUCACCGCAUCAUCAUGGCGGGUGGCGAUGCUUCAAGAACAAAUUCUUCGGAUGGAACAUAUGCGCCGCCGCUACCGGUCCGACGGGCAAGAACGACAUCCACAAUAAACGAUGCAUCGAAUCAGCAAAAUGGAUCUUCUGCUCAGCAACCUCCGCCAGUGCCUAAGCGUAGGCCCACAGCAAGUUCUACUGCGCCAUCGCGAUCUGUCACCGAUCCGCCUCGCUACUCCACUGUAUUUGAUGCAGAUGGCAUAUCAAUUCAUUCGCCGGAUUCGCCAAUCAUCAUCACGCCAGCGGAUGGUUUCGCACCCUCGCGUGCGGAGUUCUUGAGAAAUCACCAGUAUGGUUCGGACAUGAAAAAAGUUCCGCCUCUUCCGAUCAUAGGGACAACCGACUCUCAAACACCAGAGUCUACAACACCAACAGAAUCUUCUGCGGCCCUUCUCGCUCGCAUGGCCGCUCAACAAGCUGCAACCAAUCUCUCUCAAAAGCUUACAAUCAAUUCUUCACCUACACCUCCCGACGUGACUGUCUCUCCCGCCGACGAUGAUUCCUCCACCAAAGCCUCCCACCUGACUACGUCCACACAUUCCGCUCCACCAAUCUCCCGUCGCCCUUCCUUCCCGGCGUCGGCAUCUUCGACAUCGUCCACACCAGCACCUCGUCCGAUGGAGAUCCACUCGCUUUCCAAACCGGUACACGGGACAACGCCACCCGUUGUUAUCACCCACGCCGCCAUGUUCGGGAACAACGAAAAGCUCCCCAAUGCAAAUAAUUCUCAGAUAACUCCACGGCAUCGCGCGCCCUCGCCCGGCUUGUUGAAGCGAAUGGCCUCCAUGGACACCAUCAACCCACAACCCUUCCAAACCUCACCCUCUCAACAGGACAACAACCCACCAUAUUCCACCUCCCUCUCCACUCUCUCCCCAACACCAACAUCAACUCCUCCUCUUCCCCAACAAUCCACUUUUUCCCCUGCAUCACAGCCUCAGCGCUCAAAAUCCCUCACAACCCCCACUCAGAACUCCUCGGCCCUCAAACCCCGUUCCGUCAUCAAUUCCCUCCGGAAAACCUCCGUCGAGGAUCUCCGCAGAAUUUACGAGGAACGUGCCAGCACGGUCGGCGGAUUGGAAAGAGUGGCUGCAGACCAGAGGAGGAGAUCGGUUAUGGCCGAUGGUACCGCGACGUAGAAUGUUCGUUGCAACAGGCCAUCUUGGGGACGUUGGGAUGUUUAGGGGUGUCUAGGACACGUGAUCUGCGGAGUUGAAGGAAGCGAAGGUACAGCGAUGGCAUGAUAGCCCUUGAUUUGAAAGCGACCUGGAACCCUGGAGAUCUUUUCCUACUUCUUCCAUCACCUAUGGAACUUUACACCACCAUUCUCGAC